AUGAAAAAACUUCAUCUCCACCCGCUGAUAUUUGGAGUCCUACUAGGUUCAUGGUGUAAUUCUUACGCAACGGAACCGCUUUCUGUGAAGAAGCGUUACGCACCCAGCCGAUCGCUCUUCGCCAAUCCUGAACGAGGAUGGAUUGUACAUCGCUUUCUCAACGAUAUGUGGGGACUAGAUGAACUUCGUGAUAGCAAAGAAAACGUGUCACUGAUCCUUAUCAAAAUAGAUAUUUCCGCAGACAGAAAUAGCGAGCAUAUUGGGCAAGGAAAGCUCAUGGAAAUAAAAUCGGGUCUCGAAAAAUGUCGCACGCAUGGAUUAAAAGCAAUCCUACGUUCGGCCUACGGCUGGACUAACACAUCGUUUCCAGACCCAAAAAAUAUUCAAACCAUCGUGACUCAUGUGCUGGACAUGAAACCAAUCUAUAACGCAUUCAAAGACAUUAUUAUUGCUGUCGAGAUGGGUAUGUUUGGCCCAUGGGGUGAAAUGCAUUCGUCAACACACAGCACGAUCAAUGAUAAACCAGAUUACCCAAUUAAAGCCAGUGCACUUAAAAGCGUUCAUAAGGCCUACAUGUCUGCACUACCACGAACGCGCUCGGUCCUACUUCGUCGACCAGCUUAUGUGCGGCAGAUUUUCGACAGUGACCAGCCUCUGAUGUCUUCAGACGCUUACAAAAAUACAGCAAAAGCACGUACAGGUUAUUUCAACGAUGGCUACCUUAACAGCGAAGAUGAUGCUGGAACCUUCAAUAAAACUUGGGGAAGAGAGCGCGAACUUACAUAUGUCAAUCAAAUGACUCGUUAUACCUUUUUUGGAGGUGAAACAUAUGGUACUCCGAAUGGUAACUAUAACAACGCCCAUAAUGCCUUGUUGGAAUCCAAACAACAACAUAUGACAUAUCUUCAUCGGGAUUACGACCCACUUAUCUAUUUUGCUUGGGGUAGUUCAAUCAAAGAUGAUUUUACACGUCAACUUGGCUAUCGAUUUCAGUUAGAAAGCCUUUCUUAUUCGCAACAAGUAGCUCCCGGUGGCAUAUUCACUUUCCAUCUGAAAAUGUGGAACGUUGGCUUUGCUGCUAUGCACCUGCACAGACCUGUCAGUCUGAUCCUUGAUAAUGCCAAGACGGGAAGAGAAAACAUCAAUUAUUCAGCUUCUCUUCAGGUUGAUCCUCGGAAUUGGACUCCCGAGGCUGGUCUCAUAAGCAUUGACCGUAAGUUUCGAAUACCAGCUCGUAUCAAGGAGGGCACCUGGCGACUUCUACUGGCUCUACCUGAUGAUAAUCCACAGUUGAAAAAUGAUUCUCGGUAUGCAGUACGGUUCGCCAACGAAGAUGUCUGGACUGCUGAUGGCAAAAAUCUUUUAAUCAAAGACAUCCUCAUUACUGCUUCUGCCCCGGGCGCUCGCAAAAAAGAAAACACUUUCAAAGUCAUCGGAACCCUGCAAUAGCGUGAAAAUUGAUCUUAGCGAAAAAGAUGUAGCAUUUCGUACUCACCAAGCUCUCCCUUCCGCUUCAUUAUCUGCUCCACUUCUAUCUCUAUUCUCUGCCUGAUCUCUAUCUUCGCUCUCAUAAUCUUUAACUAUGUGUGUGUAAAAGCCAUUGACCACCGAGGUUGCUUAGUAGAGUCCUGAUUCAUGCGGAAGGAUACAUUGAAAUUAAAAUAAACACACAUGAGGAAAAAAGAGCUGGAUGAUUUAAAGCAAAGUCUUGAGGGAAAAUACUUAGCAAAAAUAAAUAGAUUGGAAACAGAUUAUUAAGAAUUAGGUAAGGCGCCGCUAAUUCAAAAGAAUUGCAAGUUCUUAUUUUUCACUUAAAACUAUAUCAUUCGAUGCAAAAUUUCACGGUGAUUACGAAUAUCACCUUUUGAAUUGAUUUUGAUCCAGUUUUGG